GCAAUGCUAAGUGUUGAUCAAACAAUUAGUGACCUCUACUAUAACUAAAGGUGUCUAGGAUCCUUCUAUAGCCAAGCCGCGGCAAUACUUCUGCUCUUCAAUCACGUGAUCCGUAGAUGCCUGAAGGAAAUGAGGUGUUUCUCUUCCUCACUGUCAAUAUUGCUGUACGACUCAGUCUUGCCAGUUUUAUAACUCUCUAUACUUACCUGAGGUCAUGCGGUGAAACUAUGGUAAAAGGCAUGCCGUGCAGACUGGAGUCAUUGAUCGCUUUAGUGUCUCCAACUGUCAAAAAUAUAUAACUCUCUAAACCCCACCAUGACAGGACCAACUUUGCGCAAUGAAUGUGCAGCACUUGGCGG